GGCCAUCGGCAAGCGCGGCAGGAGGUCCACGAAGACGCGGGCCGGCUGCAUGGAGACGUCGCGCGAGGUAGACGACAGACGACGAAGGACCAUCAUGAGCACAGAGAGGACGAAGGACGAUGAUGCGGAUGGGCGAGAUGGCCAUGCGCCCAAGCGCCAGCGGCUCGGCGACGCCACGACGGCGACGCUGGCGACGAUGCGCAGCAAGAAGCGGUACUCGAUCGCGAAUGAGUUUGAGCGCGAGAUCAGCGCGGCCAGCGGUGGCGCCUUUGCCUUGUCCACGUCACCACGCCAGAGCCCUUCCAAGGUGACGCGGCGCGAGACCAUUUCGCCGACCGCGCAGCAGGAGCUUCGCCUGCCAGGGCGGCGCGAGACGCUGUCGCCACGCGGCUUUCUUGCCCUCGAGUCCAUGAUGCGCGCGCCCAACGAAGUCGACGAGGCUGACAUGCUCACGGGGAUGCACGACAAUUUGCCACCCCAUGUGAUCCGCGAGUUCAGUCCCGAGAAGCCCAACGACGACGAGACCGAAGAACACAAGGUCGACGAAACCCACGAGUACAUGGCCCCAAGCGACCGUCGUAGCACGCUGGACCCGACAGAGGUCGCCGCCAUGCUGCCACCGCGAAGCAAGACGGUGGACAACCGCCAUGCGACUCUCUCUAUCGACACGCGCCGAGACACGCUCGACCCGAGCCAAGUUGCCGCCAUGCUGCCACCGCGAAGCACUCGCCACGCGACCUCGGGCGCCAUUGACCACAGCGACCGCCGGGACACGCUCGACCCGACGCAAGUGGCCGCCAUGCUGCCGCCGCGACACGGUCCUCGGCGCGAGACCAUGGACGCUCGCGAGAUGCUGCACAUUGUCGAGUCGUCUCCAGCCGACAGGCGGGCGACCUUGGACCCAAUCGAGAGCAUGCGCUUGUUGCGCGUCGAUUCGCCCGCGCCGUCGGCAAGCAGCGCCAGCCGGCGCGAGACGCUCGAACCCGGUGCCAUGUCGCUGCUCGAGGCCUCGCCCAUCGCCGCCAACGCCAAUGACCGCCGGGCGACGCUGGACCCGGCCGAGUACUCGGGGCUCUUGCAGCUUGGCAGCGACGACGACGACGACGAUGCGGGUGGUCUCCAGGAAAUGUCGCUGCACAUGGAGUACUCGAUCGCCGAGUCGGAAGCGCCGAGUAUGGAGAUUGAGGACGACGACGAUGUCAACAUGCUCGACGAUGCCAGUCGUACGGACGACGCAGCACCCCACCGUCGACCGACGCCCGUGACUCAAGACGAUGACGAGGACAUGGUGGCAGCACCAGCAUUUGCAUCCCCGCCCAUGAAGCGGACGCUGGCCACACCGCUCAAGAGCUGUCUCAGCGCGCGAAAGCCCAAGCCGCCGACUAACAACGCAACGACACCGACCAAGACGCUCACGUUUGGCCCGCCGACGGGCGCCGAGUUUCGAGCGUCGGACCCGUCGACGGCCAUGACGCCCAUGUGCGAGCGCACGGCCAAAGCCAUGUUCCCGCUCGAGAAGGACGAAGACGCAGAAGACGAAGAGACGUCGGUCAACAGCAGCAUCCUCGACGAAGCCGACCUCUUGGCCGACGACGACCACGCGAGCGCGUAUGCAUUUGGCCCGAUGCAGAGCCCGCGCCGGGGCAGUCCGCGCCGCAAGCUCCCACACCCCGUCGUCGGCGUGAGUCCGCUCGACAACCUGACCGAGGCGCGUCGGAAGCGCCGGGCGUCGUUCAGCGCCAAGGACAUGCCGGCGCCGUCGCGCCGCCAGUCGCUUCUCGGUGUCAACGUCAUGGCCGACGACUCGAACGCGUUCAUCGCGGGAAGUGCGAAGAAGCCGAUUCACCGCACCAAAGCCCGCGGCGCGACGCCGCCCAAGUCGACGCCCUUUGUCGACUCGUCGUCCGAAGACGAAGACAUUGAUGUCACGGGUGAAUACUUUACGAUGCCGCCGGCGCUUGUCGUCGCACCGACGACUAACGGCCUCGACGACUUGCUGGCCGACAACUCGCUCUCGAUGCCACUGACCGCCUCGUCGUCGACCGAGGGUGCACUCGACGACGAUGUGUCGAUGGCGUUCUUGAAUGUGGCGCCGGCGAUGACGGACGACGGCCAAGACCCGACGCUGGACCUCGGACCCGUCGGGCCACUUGCGAGCGACCCGUCGUUGUUUUCGCAAGAGUCGUCGUUUGUUCCGUCGUCGAUGGAGACAUUGGCACCGAUUCUGGAGGAGUCGGAUCUGAGCCGCAUGGACAUGAGCUCGGACGACGACGAUGACGACGAAGACGAAGAUGAGAAUGCCGAGUACCAGCGCCGGCGCCAGUCGGUGGUCGUCAACCUCAGCGGGCGCUUUGAGAAGCUCGGGUCGUCGGGCAAGAAGAAGAAGACGACGAGCAAGCACGCGCUCUUGCCGCUCGAGGACCUGCCCCGUCCCGCCGCGCUCGACUUGAGCGACGAUUCACUCAACAGCAGCCUCGACGACGUCGACAUGCAGGAUGAUGACAAUCUUGCCGUGGUCGAUACGGACAGCGUCGUGCCGGUCGACGUUCCACCCGUGACACUCGAGGCGCUCUUUGCCAAGCUCGAUGUCGCCCGCAUCCAUACCUCAGUCGAUGCGAUCAUGGCCGGCGGCCCCGUCACGGCGCUGCAGCACGUGUCGCCGUACGAAGUCGACGUGCGAACAUCGCUUGCAUCGGCGCAAGACGAGCUCACGUCCUUUAUUGACGAGCUGGCCACCGUCAUGGAGACCGCGUCCGGCAUGCAUGUACCGACGCACCUCGCGGCCUUGUACCAUAAUGGGCCGCUGCCGUCAAGCCUCGCCACCUUUUAUGAGCUCAAGGCGUACCUUGUGCUUGGCGGGUGGCUCGAGUGGCGCACGAAGCUCGAGCAGGCGCGCACGACGUGUCUUCGCCCGCUGCUGCAGUCGGCGAGCAGCGACAAGGCAACGUUGGACGCGGCCACCGCGACCCUUGGCCUCAAGGAAGACCAAGAAGGGCACAUUGUCGACGGGCUGCUUGCGAAUGAAAAGGCUACGCGGGCCGAGCUCGAGACGAUUGAAGAGCAACUCGUGAUCCGCGCCGAGCUCACGGGACGGCUGCAUGCGCUGAGCCGGCAAGUCGACAGUCUCCACAAGACGCUGUCGACGCACGCGGCGCAGACGGCGACGCUCGAGGCGCGUCACGCCAACGCGUCGAUGGAUGUGUCGGAAGCGACCCUCGCCACGCAGCUGGAUGCGACCAAAGCCGCACAAGAGACGUACCAGCUUGCGUCCGGCGUGUUGAAAUGGCGGUGUCUCUCCGUCUCGGCGGUUGCGGUGGCCUUGGCGCUGCAGUGCAAGGUCUGGAACGCGACCGUGCAUGUCGCCUUGGACGUCGAUCUGAGCGCGGCCGUGCCGACGGCUUCGUUUGCAGUUCACUCGUCGCCAAGCGUCGAGGUGCUUGGGACCGACCUCCAGCGUGUGCUCUUUGACACAACAGCACUGGAGAAGGCGGCAAAGUUGACGCUGCGGUCGCACGACGAUGUGCCAACGCUGCUGCAGACGGCCGAAGUGACGCUGCUUCGCGCGGCCCGCGUGCACAAGGAAGUUCUCUUUCUCGAGACGGACCAUACCGUGUCGGUGAAUGACAAGACGCUGCAGGUGCGGUUUACGUCACAGCGCCGGAAAAUCCGGUUUGGCGUCACUUGGCGGCUCUCGCCCAACGUGUUGUUUGAGCCGCUGACGUUUGCGCUGACGGACGUGACGGGUCUGACAAAGGCCCAAGAGCGAGCGAUUUUAGACCGACUCGAGACGGUCCCACGAGGCUUUCGACGCCUACGACAGCUGUGCCAGUGCGUCGAGCGGUACUUGGACGACUUGUAGCAAGUAGUAGUAGGAAGUAGUAGAAAAGAUUAAAGAUUUUUGAGCUUGGGAUCACCGUCGUCG